AUGAGAGUGAGACUGCUCCUCUACGGAGCCGCCGCAGCAGCCGCGGCGCCCGCCUGGCUCCCAGUCGAGCCGGGAGCAAGCUGCCUACCCGACCCCUACGAGGGGCUCGACGCCGUCGCGCGGGAAAACGCCGAGAUAGCCGCAACAGCCUUGGACGCGACGACGGUCUGGACGCUCGAUGCCGCGGACGCGGCCAAAUUCGACCACGCCCGCGCCGCGACUUUCGGCCACAUUACCGCCGGCGGCGCGCACGCGCUCCUCGCCGCCGCGCGGCGGCUGGCGGGACGGCCCGUCGAGCGGCUCGUGGAUUUGGGCUCGGGCGCGGGCCACGUCGUGAUCUACGCGGCCGCGCUGGCGCCGAACGUGACCGCCACGGGCCACGAGCUCGCCGCGGGCCGUCAUCGGGCGGCGGUGCGGGCGCGCGCGGCGCUUCCUUCUAGUAUCGCGCGGCGCUGCGCCUUCGUCGAGGGCGACAUGCUCCGCGCGGACCUGUCAGGAGCGGACGUGGUCUUCGCGUCAACUCUAGCUCUGGGCGACGACCUCCGCCGGCAGCUCGCCGAGAAGCUCGCGAAGGAAGUUUUACCGGGCGCCGUCGUCUUCUCGUCGACGCGGCUCCUCGGCGGGCCGGGCGACCGGCCGCACGUCGUCGCGCCGAUGUCGUGGUCGCCGGGCCACGAGGUCGCGGCGCACGUCGUGGGCGCGGGGACUUUCGCGGCGGUGUGA